ACCCCGUAUCUUGCGCUGAUCAGAGAGCACCGACAGAGAUGAGUGAGAAGGAAAAGAGCCAAAUGACCGACGAGGAGCUCCGUCAACAGGAGGAGCACGAGUUCAACACCGGUCCUCUCUCGGUCCUGACACUCUCCGUCAAGAACAACACACAGGUCCUCAUCAGCUGCCGAAACAAUCACAAGCUCUUGGCCCGAGUCAAGGCAUUUGAUCGGCACUGCAACAUGGUUCUGGAAAACGUCAAGGAGAUGUGGUCCGAGGUUCCCAAGACUGGAAAGGGAAAGAAGAAGGCCAAGCCGGUCAACAAAGACCGGUUCAUCAGCAAGAUGUUCCUGCGCGGCGACUCGGUCAUUCUGGUUCUGCGAAACAUUGCCCCCGAGACCAAGGAUUCUGAGACCAUCUAAGAAGAAAUCUCAUUCCCCCGGAUACUCAGCCAUCCCUGCUCCCCAAUCACUUCUCUUUCUUGGCUUGGACCAUCUCAUCGAUCUAGUACGGAGAAUACGUGGCAUUUGCAGUUGUCGGUCGUUCAAGUACGGUCAGGGAUAAAGCGCAACAGCUUCGGUCGCUCUGGUGUCCUCCUCUCCCUUUCUCCGACCCACCCAGCCCUGGGUAUCGACUGCAAUAUAACUCGUGGCUCGCCCUUACCUUGGAAAACUGCCAGGUCCAGG